AUGAACAAAAGGAAAAAUCGCCAAGGGCCGCCGAGAUCGCCCCGCGGCCGAGUGGUAGCAGAGGGCGUCUAUAAUAACGCGCAUUUUAUGCACGCUGCGACGUCACACGUAGGAGACAUUGUGCAGGUCCUCACGCAGUCGGGGUGUCUUUGGGAGGGGGUCUUCAAGACCUUCAGCGCUCAGUUUGAGGUGGUAUUAGAAGUAGCGCAUCGAGUGGAUCAAGAGGGCGUGGUGGCUGUCGACUCCGUAGUUGAAAAGUUAAUUUUUAAACCACAGGAUGUGGUAUCCAUCAGAGCUAAAGAUUCGGAUCUCGAGUACGCUACUUCCGACGUCUUUCAGACUGACAGCGCUAUAUCAAAAAAUUUUAAUGGUAACGGUCGGUCAGCAGAGGAACGUCACCUAGAGCCGUGGGACGGCGAGAGCGAGGCGGCCGAGACGCCCUCUCUGAACGGAGACGCUAGACUUGACGACCUCGAGCUAGACCACCGCGCCAACGGCUGGGACGCCAACGAUAUGUUCCGCAAGAACGAAGAGGUGUACGGCGUUCAUAGCACAUACGAUCACUCGCUGGCCGGCUAUACCCUGCCGCUGCAGCGUAAAGACACUCAGGACUACAGGGAUGCCGAAGCUAAAGCAGAAGAGAUAGCCGCAGAGAUAGAGAGCGCGCCGUCAUACAAGGCCCGCCUGGAGCUUGAAAACGGAGACGAAGAGGAACGCUUCGCUGCCGUCGUGAGGCCCGCUGAUAGCGGCAAGUACGUUAUACCGAACAAACGGAAAAAUAUGCAGACUGGUAAACUAGUGAAGCCGUCGAAUAAUAAUGGGGGGUCGUCGCCCAGCGCUGGGGGUAAACCGCCUGCUUUCGCCCACGCGCCACCUAAAGAAAAGGAGCAUAGACCACCAAGACACCACCUCACACCUCCCUCCGACCGUCGACCAGACGACCAACCGGCGGCGAGCCCCGGGCCGGCGGGCGGCAAGAGCUACGCGGCGCAGGCGGGCGGCUACCACGCGCCGCCCGCCUUCCCGCACCACGCGCACCCAGCAAGCGGCAAAAUGAACGGCGAGCCACGAGCGGCACCGCUGCCUCGUCAAGGGUUCCCGCCCCACCACCACCAUGUGAAGAGGGAAAUGGGCACCGAGAUGACGGCUGUUAGAAGAGGGAAGAAAUAUUAUUUACCUGCUGCUUACAGAAACCCGCCCCCGGGCGCGGAACACGCUCGGCCGCCCCGGCACCACGCCCCGCCGCACGCGCCGCCCCACGCGCCGCCCCACGCCCCACCGCACGCCCCACCACACGCCCCGCCUGAACCACGACGCCAGGACGAAGUGCAGGAACUACGCAAGUUCGGCCAGGAGUUUAAACUGGUGACAUCCCCGGCACCCCCCACGCCCGCACCGCCCCCUGCCACCACUCCAGUCGCCGCACCUCCACCCGCGCCGCAGUCGUCGGGCACGGCGAGCCCCCCGGAGGUGUCGGCCAACGCGGGCGCGCCGUCGUCCCCGCCGCGCCGCGAGCGCGCCCACAAGCCGCCCGCCGCGCCGCCCCCCCCAGCCCCGGUCACGGCCACAAAGGAGGAAACCAGCGAGCCACGCUCCGAGGCCGCAUCCCCGGCCGCCGCAGUCAAGAAGUCCACUCUUAACCCCAACGCUAAGGAGUUCAACCCCAGCGCCAAGCCCUUCACACCGCGCAGUCCAACCACACCUGGACAGAGCAGGCCGCACACGCCGGGCACGCCGGUGGGCGUGGGCGUGGGCGUGGGCGCGGGGCUGGGCGGCGUGGGAGUGGUGGGCGCCGGCGUCAGCUACGUGCCCGCGCCGCCGCCGCCCACGCACAUGUUCAUGUCGUUACAACUAAUAGUAAUUGUGUGUGCCCAAUGGUCCAGUAACCGAAGUGUCCGGUUGCAGGUGGCGGCGGUACCAGCGUACGCGAUGGUCGCUCAACAACCGCCCGCCUACAUUCCACACCCACACCCGAUAUACGGCGCUGCGAUGGGCGGGGGCGCUGGUGUGGGCGGCGCCGGACAGCACGGUCCCAUGGCUACACAGUCACAGAGAAAUUUCAGAAAAGGCUCCGGGGUGCAAGUGGCCGCGGCGACGGGACAACCCCUACUGGCCCCAGCCCCUAUGCAGCAAUUUGUGCCCUACCCGCACCCCCACCCGCAUCCAGCGCACCCCGCUCAGCCCGCACUGCAGUACCAGCACAUGGUGCGGAUGUACCACCACGGCGGCGGCGGGGUGGGCGGCGUGGGCGGCGGCGUGGGCGUGGGCGAGUACGCGCCGCCCGCGCAGUCGCCCGUGGCGCCGGCGCCGCUGUACCCGCCGCCCUCGCCCGCGCACACGCCGCACCCGCACCCGCACCACCCGCACCACCACCACUACCAGCAGCCGCCCUUCCAGGUGGUGCCUCAGGUGCUGUGCCCGCUGAUGGGCCCGGGCGGUGCGCACCACCACCACCACCACUCGCACGUGGCCUACCUGAACCACGCACCGCCCACUGCCAGCCCACCGCAUCACCCACACCCCGUGCAGCAAGUGCUGAUGCCGCCCAGCCACCAGUCGUCGGGGGGCUCCAGCACCCCGGGCGUGCACUCCUCGCACCCCUAA